AUGGUCAACUCCAAGCUCGGUCUCGUCUGCCUUGCUGCCGGCUUGGUGGACGCUCAAUCCCGAUUCCUCGCGCCCGUCCAAGACAUCAAUCUCCCCGCGAGUGAGAGCGCCGAGCAUCCCAUUGAGCAUCUAGGCGCCAAUGGUCCAUGGUAUGCAGGACCGAAUGUCAACGGCAUUUCAUCGGACAUUCCGGACAAUUGUUUCGUCGACCAGGCAGCCUACGUGUCUCGACACGGGUCACGCUACCCGGACCCGGGCGCGUACAACGGCUGGGUGUCUAUGCAAGAACGAUUCCAAGCCGGAAACUACACGGCUUCAGGUAGUCUCAGCUUUCUGCCCAAUUGGCGGACUGUGCUGACGAACCCUUCGUCUCAAAUUUCGAACCUGAGCCCGACUGGAUAUAAGGAAGCCCACGAUCUUGGCUACACUUUGAGAACUAGGUAUCCCGAUCUCUACAAUGAGGGCGAGGAUUUCAUGGUCUGGGCCAACAACUAUUCCCGAGUUCUUCAAACCGCUAAGCUGUUCAUUCGCGGCUACCUGGGCACCAACGCGACGCUGUUUGGAGAUGUGGUUUCUGUCACUGCGAAGGGAUUUCCCGGCGGCAUUGGCGACUCUUUGGCGCCAUCGGACAUGUGCCCGGCAUUCGAUGACACGGAAGGCGGGGACCACGUCUCUGAGUGGAACAACGUCUACAUCCCGCCCAUCCUCGAGCGCCUUCAGGGGUUGAUUCAGGGAAAUCUCACUCUCACUCAGAACGACGUUUCGCAGAUUCCCUAUCUCUGCGGUUACGAGAGUCAGAUCACUGGUCGCCUGUCUCCUUGGUGUGACAUUUUCUCCGACGAGGAAUUCCUUCAGUACGAAUACUUCCAGGACCUCCGCUACUACUACGGAGUCGGUCCUGGAACUGACAUUCCUUCCACCAUGAUGACACCGUACUUGAACGCGUUGAUGGGUCUGUUUGGCGAAGGCCCUUCAGUGACCGGCAAGCGCGCGGACGGAAGCUCUUUCAAGCUCCCCAAGCUCAUCAUGUCAUUCCUCAAUGAUGGACAACUGAACCAACUUGUGACGGCAUCGGGCGUUUUCGAUGAGCAGGAGCCCCUCUCAAGCACAGAAAAGGACGAGAACCGUCUUUUCGUGAGCUCUCGCUACACCACGAUGAGGGGAACCAUUGCAUUCGAGCGCCUCAACUGCAUUGUGCUUGGAAAUGGCAACUCUGGAAACUCAACAAGUCCAUGCCGCAGGUCAUCUCCAUCUGUCAGAAGGGCCAAUUCGACUGCGCCGACGACCGGGUCCCACAACGCAACAUACGUCCGCAUUCGUUUGAACGAUGCCGUUUAUCCUGUCCCCUCAUGCAAGAGCGGUCCUGGAUCUUCUUGUCUGCUUGACGACUACCGGAAAUAUGUUGCCGACAAGCUGGAGUCUCAGGGCAACUGGAUCACAAACUGCAAUGUCACCACGCCCGGGGCGCCAACAACCGUGAAGGGCGCCAGUUUUUACACUGACUUGAGCAGCCCCUGGUUGAGCCACGUAGCUCCUUAG